GUCCAUACAUAAGGUUAUAAUAAUAUCUAGUUAUCGACGUACGGGCUAACUGCAUCUGCUGGGGCCGGCGGGCUUAUCGAUUGCCUAGUCCCCAGCGCACGCCUGGUCUGGUCUGGUUGCUAGGCCACGCUGCCGCCGCAAAACACCAGCCACGGUCAACAAGCGCCGUCACCACUAUGCGACGACGUUAGGAUACUAUAUUGACGCCCUCCAGCCCCCAACACAGACACAUGCACAUACCACGCGCUCAUGGACUCGACCACGCCCACGCCCUACAAGCCCUCGCCGCUGUCCUUCAACAACGCCCGCCAGUCGCCCUUCCGCCGCCCGGGCUCCAUCCGAGAAGCCUCACCCUCGACUCUACGGCCCUCGACGCCAAACAGCUCUCCUCUGAAGCCCAAAGACACGCCCAACACCCCCUCGCAAGCAAACCUCCGCCCAACCGCUGCUGCUGCUGCUGCCCCCGCCACUGCUACCGGGCCCGUAUCACAAAAUCCUCCGCCAUGGCUGCACACGCGCACAAGAUCAGGCACGCCUGAACCACCCGCUUCGCCUGGCCGCCAUGUCUCGCCCACGCGCAAUGCACCACCACCCACGGCCCAAGGCACCGGACGCCCUCUGAGCACGGCGUCCAUUGCUGCCAUGUUCGAGGGCACCGCCAAGGACGACACGCCGGCACCUCUUUCCUUCCGCAAACAGUCGCCGCCUGUUGACCCUGUCAAGCCGAUGGAGAGGCCAAUUGAGAAGCCAGCAGAGGUUCAUGUAGAUCGGUUCGCACACCUCUCACCAGCACCCUCACCCGCACGCUCACCUGCACGCUCGCGCGAGCCUUCACCCGGGCGAUUGGCAGCCCGGCCACCGACCAUCCGGCGAAUGGCUUCGAGUGACGCCCUUUCCAAACUGCCGCCGCCCCUCCUACACAGCAUGCGAGAGUCGUUUAGUGUCAUGGACCGCGACGAUGAUGGCCAUGUAAAUGCUGCAGAUGUGGCUGAUAUGCUGUCCCAGCUCGGUCUCUCUGCGACCCCGUCCCAGCUCUCGACAUACUUCAACGGCGCACAAUCCAUCAAUCUGGCCAACUACCUGACAACACUAUCCGAUCUUCUGGGCAACCUCUCGCACCAGAGCGAGCUGAGCGCAGCUUUUGAGGCAUUCGAUGACAAUGACGACGGGCAGAUUGACUUGGCAGAGCUGAAAGAUGCCCUGCUGCACACGGCACCGCAGCCAGGAGAGACGCUUCUUACCGAACGGGAGAUCAACAUGGUAGUUGAGGGUUUCAGCGGGCGAAGAGCCUUUGGAAAGGGAGGCAAAGGUCUGGGCAGAGGAGAGGUGUUUCGAUAUCACGAUUUCCUAGCAAAUCUGACUGGCGGUGGCAAUGGCGGAGACAAUACCGAAGGUGCCGCUGCGUCAGCCUAGUGUGUUUGUAAUAUGCAUUGCUGCAUUCCCUCACGCCUCGAGUUUACGGCGUUGUAUCAUGUUAUGGAAUGAAUGUUGAUGGCCUGGUGCCUUGGUAGGACGGCAUGGGGACUGGCAUGCACAAAAUACAUCUUAUUAAUAAAUGGAAUGGAAUCUGAGCCUAGCCACAAGAGGCUGUUU